AUGGCAACUGUAGCGGCAGGGUCUCAAGCCGGCCAUGACACCUUCGAUGCACUCAACAUCGAGUACGAAAAAGCUUAUCGCGACAACUCCUUCAAGAUUGCCGCCAUUAAGAAAGCAAUAACUUUAUUAGACCCCGGAUCGAAGGUUCUCGACGUGGGAUGCGGUACUGGAGUACCAGUUUCAGAACUGUUGGCUGGAGCUGGACUGGAAGUGGUUGGUUUCGAUAUCGCACCCAAGAUGGUUGAAUUUGCUCAAACGAGAGUCAAGGGUACCUUUUCCGUGUCGGAUAUGGUGCAAUUUCAGGUUGAAGAUACGUUUUCGGGAGUCUUUAUGAUAUUUGCUCAUCUGCAACUCUCGUAUGCAGCCGUUCAUGCGGCGGUGUACAAAUACGUUAGUGCACUGAAGCCAGGGGGAAUAUUUGUUCUCGGCCAGAUGCCGAGUGAUUCGUACGUUAAGGACGAAGGUAACGCAGCAUAUGAUGAAACGAGAACGUAUGUGGAGGAUUACGAUGCGCCAUUUAUGGGAGAACCACUUCCGACUUUCAUGAUGAGCGAGCAAGGACAAAGAAACUUUUUGACAAGUAUGGGACUGGAGAUCGUGAGUGAGACGAUUGAUCAAUUUCAGCCGGAUAAUGAGAAAUGUGAGCCGGAAAUGCAGCAAUAUAUCAUUGCGAGAAGACCUGUGGACGGGGAGAUUGUGGAGCCACAGCCGCUUCCAAAGAAGAAGUAG